CGAAAAAAAUAAACGUUAGUACUAGUUAGUAGCAAUGGUCGCAGUCGCGAUACAAGGGGAGUGUUUUUACUAGUGAUUUUCAGGUCAGUAUAGUUGUAAUAUACCACGGUUUGACUAAAUCGUGUAUUAUUCUAACAAUACAUUAUGUGCGCAAAGUUCAAGAAUAGUGUAACGAUGAUUUGGUAACAAUGGACAGUGUGUAUUUAUUUCUAAAAGGAUUUUUUAGAAAUAAAGUGUCGACUUCCAAAAACGAAUUACUCAUUUGCAGACCUUAAUUAAGCCCCAUCAAAAUGAAUAGGGGCGCCCGCGUCGAACCGACGCCGCCAGAAUGUGCGCUGGCGGCCGAGAUGUUCGACCACUUCUGUUCGGCUGGCACCAUGAAACAGAUCCUGGCGUUACACCGGGAGAUCUGCAACACGCUCAACCUCAAGCCGAAUAGAUUGCCUGACUUCUAUCCCAAGCUUAAGGCCAAACUAGCGAGCUCGUGGAAGGCACAAGCGCUGUUCAAGAAGUUCGACGCCCGCGCCAAUCACAAAGUGUACGCAAAGGGCCGCUCGUGUGCAUCUAGCAAGGUGCUCAUUAUCGGCGCUGGACCUUGCGGGCUACGAGCUGCUAUAGAAUGCCAGCUGCUCGGGGCUAAAGUGGUUGUAAUCGAGAAACGAGACCGAAUGUCGCGCAACAAUGUUCUGCACUUGUGGCCAUUCGUGAUUCAGGACCUGAGAGCACUCGGAGCUAAGAAGUUCUUCGGAAAGUUCUGUGCCGGCUCCAUAGACCAUAUAAGCAUUAGACAGCUACAGUGUAUACUUAUGAAGGUGGCGUUACUAUUAGGCGUAGAGUUACACGAAGGAGUUAGUUUUGAAGAAUUAUUGGAGCCUACAGUGACCGAAAAUUCUGAAACUCUAGGCUGGCGAGCGCGGGUCCUCCCAUCAGACCAUGUAGUCUCCCAGUACGAGUUUGACGCACUCCUUGGAGCUGACGGCAAGAGGAACACUCUCCACGGCUUCAAGCGCAAGGAGUUCAGAGGGAAACUCGCCAUGGCCAUCACUGCUAACUUUAUCAACAGGCAUUCGGAACAGGAGGCCUCGGUGCCAGAGAUAAGCGGCGUUGCCUUCAUAUUCAACCAGAAGUUUUUCAAAGAGUUGUACGAGGUGACCGGCAUAGAUUUGGAGAAUAUAGUCUAUUAUAAAGACGACACACAUUAUUUUGUGAUGACUGCCAAGAAACACAGCUUGCUUGAUAAAGGCGUGCUGCUUAAUGACUUCAACGAAGUAUCCCGCUUGCUGAGCGUAGAGAACGUAGACCGCGGAGCACUGAUGCGCUACGCACAGGAAGCGGCUCGCUUCUCCACCGACGGCCGGCUGCCGCUGCGGGAUUUCGCGCUCAACCACUACGGGGAGCCCGAUGUCGCGUUGUUUGAUUUUACAUCUAUGUACGCUGCUGAGAAUGCUAGCAUGGUGUACGAACGUCACGGGCGUCGUCUUCUCUGCCAGCUAGUGGGAGACAGUCUACUGGAGCCCUUCUGGCCGACCGGCUCGGGCUGCGCUCGCGGCUUUCUGUCCGCGCUCGACGCCGCCUGGGCUGUCCGCGCGUGGGGGCAAAGCCCUGCGCCUCACCCGUUGGAGGUUAUAGCUGAGAGGGAGUCGAUAUACAGGCUUUUAGCUCAAACCACCCCGGAGAAUCUUCAUCGCGACUUCGGCGCGUACACCCUGGACCCGGGUACCAGAUACCCGAAUCUGAACCGCGCGGCUGUCACUCCUCACCGCGUGACGUCGUUCUAUGAUUCCGAUGAUCCGCUGCCUUUGGAUGCUGCUCCUACUGCUAGGAAGAGGCGCAGAGAAGCAGAAGUAUCAGACGAGGCCCUAGUAUCUUGGGUAGCUUGGUCCGAGCCGGGUAUCAGAGCGGCGUCCAGUCCCGCCGCUCUUACGGAACUACUUCGUCGAUACCGGCCCGACCUGCUGCCGUCCUCCACGUUACCAAGGGCUGUCUACCAUAUACUGCAGCAGGAGUUUGGCAUAGCCCCAUUCUCCUCCGGUGGUACUCUCCGAGACGUCCCGGACGCUAAGCUCCGAUCGUACUUGACGCGAGUAUACAACGCCUUUAAAGGCGAGGUGCCGCACGUUCACCAUGAAACCGACGUGUUCGAUCAGAUCAAACAAAGCAUGCAGAAAGAGAAACACGUACGCAACAUUGAACACCCUGUAUCUGUAUAUUCAAACGCGGCUGACGCCGACAAAUCACACUCGAGCUAUAGAAAGAAGCGGCGCUCGGUGCGUCCCCCACAAGUAAGUACCGAUCCCGCAGAGUACAUCCGCAAAAAGAUCGGCAAACUAGACCUUAACGACAUCACACAGCUUGCGCGUCUCAUCGACGGACACGACGCCAUCGCUGACACACACACAGACAAACAAAAAGACUUACAGGAACAAAUACUAGCUCUCUUAGACCCCGACGAAUCUCCAGACCCCAAGGUCGUACGACAGUCUUUAGCUAAUCUACUACAAGGCUCUUCAAGAACUUCGGUCCAAGAACCGCAGAAGUUGGCACAUUACUUCCAAGAAGAGAAGAAACCCAAGCCGGUGAAGCCGCCGCGAAGGUUGAAGGGCUUGGACGUGAACAGCAUCAGGGUCCCCGACUUCUCCGACAUCUUCGACGACUCAGCUGACACAGAUGCAACUGUCGUUAAAGUAGAACCUAAGAAGACAUUCAGCAGGUCUCCUUCUACGGAAAGUGCGAAGAAGACAAUCUUCACCCGGUCUUCGUCUAUUGACAGUGCUAAGAAGUUGACUCGGUCUUCAGAAAGUCCGGUGCCACAGAAAGGCAGACGACUUUCAGAUGUUAUAGACAGUCAAAGGAUUAGGAGCUCGCAGAGUCCUGAAGUAAAACUUCCACAUAAGAGAUCGAACUCGAUAGGAGCUUCUGAAGUGGCCAACACCAAGCGUAUUGCUCAGCUAUUCGAGGGUCACAAACGUCGGCACACCCCGAGUCCUGACUCCAGAACUGCGCGCUCAGGAUCCAUCACUAACCCAGAAAUGUCGUUACGUUUGCAACGGAUGACGGAAAUCAUUGAAGGCAAGCGCCGAGACACGCCCAGUCCGGACCGCUCGAAGAUAGAAUCUAUUGGUAACCCGGAGAUGGCUGUCCGUCGCCAAAAGGUCGUUGAACUCAUAAAGCAAGGCCAAGGCUUAGGUGCAAGCAAACUGCCUCUUCCCGAAGCUCCUCAGCGCAGGAACAGCGAGGAAAUGACGUUUAGGAUGCAACGGGCGUCUGACAUGAUGCAGAAGCGGGCUGCCGAGUCCAAGCGGCCUAAAACGGGGCGGCGCAAAGCUGCGAGGGAGAUUAUGAAGCAGAGAUUUGAGAAGAGUCUUCAGAUGUUGGCUGCGGAGCCUCGUUUGGACUUUGCGCCGUCAGCUGACCUGGAGAAUGACUAUGGGCUGCAACAGUACCGCGCCAGUGCGCCGGACUUCGACGAGAGAGUGAAGAAGUUGGAGAAGAAGCUGCAGCACUAUGAGGAGGGCCGAAUCGUCGGCGGAGGUGGCCGAACGGCCGGCGGAGGCGCCCGAGUGGCUCGCCUAGCUGCCGAGCUCAGUGGAACAACAUCCAACUCCCCUACACCCCGUCCGUCUUCCAAGCCGAAAGACCUCAUGAGAUCGGUGGGGAAAAUAGAGAGAGAUGACUGGAAUAUGAAGGAGAUUGAACGGAAGAUUAUGGAGAAUAGACUGGGAAGGCCGGAGCCUAAGACUGCUGAGAGAGUGCCGAAGUGGGAUAGAGAACAGUUUCUGGGUCGUCAACGUAAACUGAAGGAAGGCGAGGGUAACGAGGAGAAAUGGGUGGAGAUCGACGAGACCCUGCACAAGCUCGACCAGAAGUUAAAGGACUCUGGCAGACCUGAUCAGGGAACGAAAAAGGUAGCGAACUUAGCGACGAAAUUCGUGAAGAAAGAACCCGAAGCCGAACAAUCGAAGACACCGCCCAAGGAAACGCACAAGGAAGAUGCCAAGAAGAGCUGGCGUGGCCCCGCAUUCACGGGCAUGCAGUGUGCUGCUUGCGGCACUCGCGUGUUCGCGGCGGAGGGCGUCACGGCAGACGGACUGCAUCUACACCGUGCCUGCUUCCGCUGUGCGGUCUGCAAGACUGUGCUGCGCCCUGGCAACUACACAAUGGAGCGCUACGGCAGCCGCCUCGUCUGCCUCCGUCACUCCGGCGUCAGUGUACCGGACGCCGUGGCCGCCGUCACAGCACUGACCAACGCUCGCAGCCAGCCGCCCCCCACUCCCGAGCGCAUCAGCCUCGAGCUGUCCGACAGCGGCGCCAGAGAGAUCGACGAGGACGAGUGGACCGACAGGAACUUCCUCGCGUCCGAGACCUCCGGCGCCGGCGGCCUCAGUGACGAAGAAGAAUCGAGUUCUGACGAGUACACGGACGCGGGUGACAGCGACAACGGCGCGGCCUUGUCCCCCGAGCCGCCGGUCGCGGCGCCGCGUCCGACUCACUCCGAGCUGUACUUCUCCGACGAUUCCUUCGGAUACGACGACUAUUCUGAUGAUGGCGCAGAAUCCUCCGGCAACGAGUCGUGCUCCCGCAUGCGGGCGGCCCGCGAGGCCCGCAGACGCGAGGUCCCUGCCGACGCGAGGCCUCCGACCGACAGCAGCGAGGUGGAAUCUGAUGACGAGAGCGACUCCAGCGACGAAGAGGUCUCAUCGGCCACCGAAGUGUCCACCGACAGCGAAUUCGCGCGCGAAGAAUGCGCCCCAGCACCUUCGCCCCCCGCCAUACUCGUCACCGAAGCACCCGCCCCACCCGCGCCCCACGAAUACCCCCUCAGCAGGACUCGUUCUGCCGGGGGGAUAGCCACCAAACGUGCUCUAGAACUCAAACGACGCUACUUACUUGGAGAGCCAUCACCCCCCGCAGUCAGGAAGUCUGACUCCACAUCACAAAUAGACACAAAAUUCGAAGCUUUUAGGUCAACUAUUACAGAGUUUCAGAAGAUGUUGCAUCCCGCACCCGUGCCUGUGGUACAGCCGCAACCACAAAAACCUAUCGUUACCUUCCAAUUAGCCACCGAGGACAAGAAAACUCAACCAAUGCCAGAUAUCAUUAAAAACCUCGUAGUUGAUGCGCCAGUUGACUUGCUCACUAAAGUCGAUACUCCGCUAAUCAAAGACUGGAAACAGGAACCUUCAAAGGACGAAAAGGAACCGGAUUUAGAAUCGGACUCUUUGUCAGAAGAUGAUUCGUCACAUACUGAGACUGCUCCCAACCAAUCGGUGCCUCGCGUCGAAGUACACGAUGAGGGAGGAGAACUGAUACAGUUGGACAGCCUCAUGUUAAUCAACAGUACUGAAGACGAAAAGGCGUCUGGUACUACCACAGGAACAACUAUUGUCGCAGCUGUGGAGUCCGAGUCUUCAGAAUCCGGUCGUGACGCCACUACUCUGGCGCUCACAGAGACUGAGCUCUCAGACUGGGCGGCAGAAAGCGCCGUUUUAGACGACUGCGGCUUCGACGACAAAGACGAUCGCAAAAGAAGCAAGAAUCCCAGAACAUUAAGUGGCCCUAAACUCAUACAUGAUGCUAAGAACAUUGCAGUUGCUUCCCAUGUCUGUGGCAGAACAAGUCCAGUUGAAGCCAUAGUUUACUCUAACGCAUUAGAACAUUUCGAAUUCGCUGACGAAGGAGAUCAAGACCCGUCUCUAGAAAGCCCAGUUACGCCCAGAAAUGAGGGCUACAUGGAACUAGUGGAUAAUGACUACGAUCCUUAUUCACCCGGGAAUGAUCGAUCAAUGAAUUUCAUCGAAAGAAGUUUCUCUGAAACAGUGUUCAAACCAGCCAGCCAAGAAAAUAGUUACAGAGAGAAUUUAUGUCCAAUCGAUUUAGAUGAUAUUGAGGACAUAGAUGCGGAUACAGAACCUUUGGAUUUGAAGUCGCCUCAACUGUUGAAGUCGAUAGGUAAUGACAACACCAGUGAGAAGUCUACGAGUGAAAGUUUGCAUAAGAGCGAGAGUUUGCACAAGUCAGAGAGCAUUAUGAAGACUGAUACCACCAGCAUACAGAGAAGCGACAGUCUGCACAAGAGUGACAGCAUUAAAGUCGAAGAAAUAGUAAGCGCCGAACCGAGGAUAGAAAAUAAAAUAGAAACGUUAAGCUUAUCAGAAAUUUCGCCGCCGUUAGAGAAAGAUAAAGUUGAAACUGAGAAUUCUGAAGUUUCGCCGCCCCUUGUACCUGAUACUCCUAAGUUAGUGCAUCCUGCUAUCCCCUUCACGGGCCCCGCUACGAUAAGGUUGUAUUCUCCGGCGAUCUGUCGUUCAGCCAGCGUGACAUUCAACAGAUCGACGUCACGAAGUACCGACUCGCCCACGCGAAGUUUCGACCUCUCGAUCUCAAUCAACCUUAGUUCGGGUUCCCUUUCGCCCGUGAGUCCCGUCCCUUCGCGGGAUACCACAGAAAAAGUACAAGAGAUUAAACGCGAGAGAGAAGAACAGACAGAUAUUGUAAGGAGAUUGGUGUUGGAACGGCUGGGCAGUGCGAAGGCUGGUCGUAAAUCCGUGAAGCGGUCGAGGGCGUCGCCCGCUGCGGUGCCGCCCCCCGUCCCUCCUCCCCCGACGCUGCCGGAGCCGCCUCCUCCUCCACCCCGCCCCGCGCCUCCCCUCAUGCUGCCAGUGACCCCUUCGUUCUCGGACCCUGAGCUAGCUCGGGAAAGGCGAAGGAAGAGUAUAAUGAAAAGUAUUUCCAACUACUUGAACCGACGGCUGGGACCGCGACACAAGUCGUUCUCCGAUCCAGAUCUGCAGUGGCACGAGCCUCAAACAAUGUCCAACGCUCACAAGUCGACGGGAGCUCUGCAAGAGGCGCCGGCGCCUCCGCCCCCGCCCGUGCCACCGCCGCCGGCCAGCUACUGCCCCCCUCGCCCUCCAGCCGAACAUCGGUCGAUGCAUCGAGUGCCAGGUCCGAGUUCUGGCGCCGCUGAUGUGGACGAACGCGACGCAAUGCAGCUCUGGUUCGAAGCGAGGUGGGCAAGGCUUGUUGCCCAGCGACGGGCAAGGGAAGAACACCGUGACGAACCAACUGCACGACGCUUGGCGAGGCUCGAGCGGCGAUUGACGCGCCCUCUAUCUGCCGAGCAGCAGGCGGCGACGGUGGCUGAGCUAGUGCAAGUGUCAGCGCAGAGAGACGCGCACCAAGCGCUCAUGGCCGCUGACAGGAGGCGAAGUGCGGGCGGCAGCGUCGGCGACUAAACACCGGGCCGUUUCCGAACCGUAACCGGUCUCUCCGCGUGCUCUCGUCAUACCACUGGAUACAAAACACAAGAUUACUAACAAAAGCCCAUCAAAAACAUGUCACAAGCUAAUGAAAAUCAGUAGAUAUUUAGUUGAAACUAUACGCGACAAAUCAAAUGCAUCCGAAUUCGGUUCAAAUAUUGCUUAAUGUAAACACAGUUUGACUUGACUUAAAAUCUCUAAUCUUGAUUUCAAUAUCCAAUCGAAAAACUAUGGAUGGAUCAGUUAUUGUAAUUCUUAAAAAGUGAACAACAGUUACCUUCUGUUUUGUAUCCAGUAUACAGUGCUACGAUCAUUUGCAUAAGUAUUCACGAAAUCUUAUUUCAAUACAAAAACCGUUAAUUGUAAUAAAAUACAAGAUUAUUUUUCUAUCUACUUACGACAAAUGAUGUAGCACCAAACCUUUAGUUGAUUUUCUACUUUAUUUCUAUAAGAACAAAACAUGUUGUGACUGGACAUUGCUGCUAAUUUUUAGGCAAAAAUAAUCACGUUUAUUAUAGUUAAAAGUACCUACAUGCUGUAGCUUAGGUUUUUUUUGUAUCGUCGGCAAAUUGGCGCGGUUGCUGACUUGUCAAUAUAUUCUGUGCUGGUUUAUUCAAUGGCAAACGUUUUAAAGUUCAUAUAUGACGGAACAUGUCGCAUAUUAUCGGUGAUACGUAAAUAUAGGAUAAAAUAUUCAAUCAUUCACACCUAACCGAUGAUGCGCUAGUGCAUCGAUCAUACAUUUACGAUACGCUCGAUGCAUUUUCCGUCAAUCAAUAAUCGUGUAUUGUAUUCUUUUUCUUUAUUUUUCUCUACUUUAGGAGAAAACUUUUCAAAGAAAGAUUUACUAUGCAAUAUCUUUUAAAAGAACUUUUAAUAAAUCAGCACAGUAUAUUCCCUGCGUAUAUUUGACACAUGUAUUCAGAGCUUUAUUUUUAAUUUUAGUAAGGUCAGGUACCUUAGGGUCGGUGGCAGACCACGUCACAAAAUUACAUGUACAACUUUAUUUUUCACUUUUCCAAGAAAAAAUUACAUAAUUUUUCGAUUAUAUUAAUCAUAUUUUUGAUGAAAUGAAAAAUAAAUCGUGUAUAAAUGGCCCGUAGGGGGUGAAAACAGUGUGCUAGAUAUGCCAAAUGUGUUAGGUACAUGGAAAUAUUUUUUUAUUGUAUAGUUAUUAAUUAAUAAGUACCCUUAGGCUUAGAUUAUAAAAGCAUUUGUAAACGCUGUUUAAUUUUUCUAACCUUACUUUUUGUAAAUAUUUUCGAUUAAGUUUAUUUGAAUUCGUCCGCCGAGAAGGCAGAAAAAGGCUUCUAUUUUGUAGUUUAAAUCUCAUUUAUAUAUAAUUUACUCUUUAAACACCGUAAUGAAUGAAUGUUUUUGAUUAAACAUGCGUUUAUGAAUGUAAUGUAAUUAAACACUUUAGAGUAUGCUAUCACGCUUGCUGUCUGAUUGGCGUCGUGUUAGCUUUACGUUUCUGAACGGUAUCAUGCUCCUGCGCAUUCAAUCGAUUUGUGAACGAUUAGAGGUGGAACCUUUCUCGUAUUUUAGUGAAAUAUAAUUUAUACAUCGAUGGGAAGUUUAGUAUGCAGAAACGAAUAUUUCAAAUGCAUUGACCAGCCCUUGUUUAAAAUGUCUAUUAUUACUUGAAAUUUGCUAAGGAGAUAUGUCCUUAGUGCGUGAAAUAAUUCCUUUACAACGCAGUUAUUUACGCUACAAAAGUAUAUUAAAAAAAAAAAAAAACUACCUCUAAUCUUACACGUCGAUAAAAUAUUUCGACAUAUACGUCCUGUCAUGCAAUGCUAAGCAAUAGGUUAUUUACUGCAAUAAUAUACCGCUCUUAACAUAACGUUUAUAAGGUUCAAAUUCUUUUGAUCAUUCAUAUAUUUACUAUAAGGCUAAGCGUUGCAGCUAUUGUUAUUAAGCUAUGGCAAAUUUAAAAGAAAAAAGUUUUGAAAUGCUAUUUUGCUACUUCAGAAGUUUGCUAGUCUGAAGUUGGCUACACAUUACAGGUCUCACAAUAUUCAAUGGCGGUCUGCAACUAACUUCAUUAAAGUUACCCAAAGUAGUAAAAUGGUCACCUUUACUAAUAUAUAGCGAGUAUAUAUUUUUAUAUAUCUUUGGCCAGAGUGUGAAUGCAUGAGUAUUGAAUGAGUCAAUUUGAGCAAUAUAAAAAUUAUAUAAUGAUAAUUUAUAAUAUUUGCUACUAAUCCUGUGAAUUGUAGCGGUGCCCGUUAAUGGUGCUGCUUUAUUCAUGCCUCAUUAACCAUCUCUCUAGCCUUUUCUCAACUGUACAAAAGUUAGCUUCCAAAAUAUGUAUGUAGUAUAUAAAAAUAUGCCGCCAUUAAGAUCAUAAUAUUUUUUUAUAUAUGCGUUUUAUCGGGCUGUGCUUUUUAUUGCAAUGUUAAAGCCAAAAACAAAUAAUGAUUGGUCCCAUGUAGAACACACUAUCAAUAUCACCAAAACUAGGGAAGAUUCGUGAUUAGUCCUAACAAUAUCAUGCGAUUUUCAACUCUGUUGGCUAGAGUUUAAAGUUCACUAUCAUUUUACUAGUUUAACACAGCCUGUAUAAUCGCAGUUAGUCUUCCAUGGAAAAAUAAUGAAAUUAAUAUCUAAUUUAUUUAGAAAAAAGUCCUGUUUAUGAGAGUUUGGCCGAUACCUGGCGAUAUACAUACAUAUACGUAUAUAUUUAUUUACAAUAAAUGCUUCGCUAAAAUAUAUAAAUAAAAAUAACAGUUCUUUGUAAUUUUACAGUCGCGCGGUACCACUUCAUAAUAAAUUGUGUCGAAACAAAAAAAAAAAUAAGAAAAUAUUUAAUUAAGAAUCGAAAAUUAGUGGAUAUACAUAUUUGAAGUUGCUAGAAUUGUUGGUCUAUUUUUAUACGAUAUGAAGGUUAUUGUUGGCUAAGGGUGAGUUGUACCAUUUAACUAUAACGAUAACCGAACCAUAACAUGCCGUGGUCGAUUAGAAUUAGUUCAGUCAUAAUUAUAGUUCACUGGUACAAUUCACCAUAAGAUUUCUGCAUUACUAUGAUAUGUACAACACACGUAACUGAAGCAAUAUUUAAUAAAUACAUAGCUGUUUUCACAAAAUACAUAUAGUAGCGAAGAUUUUACUUGUAAUGCUUAUUAAAUAUUUUAUUGUUAGUCAGUCAAUUAAGAAAUACGACGUCAAGAAACUAUAGUUCAAAGGUAGAUAGUUUGUGCAGGCUUGUAAAAUUAGUUCGUAGGAGCAGACCGCCUUAUCGGGGUAAAUUAAUGUGUUACUACAUGUUUUAGUCGUCAAAAAUCGUAUGCCUGUCUAUUGCACAUUGAAACCAAAAAUUCUGAACAUAUUGUGUAUUUUAUAGUGAAUUGAAUUGUUUCCUACAAAAGCAAUAAUUUACUUGAUAAUAUUCCCACACGUAUAAUAGUAACAUGUUUAAUGAAAUUAAGUAAUAGUGACUCAAGCAAUAAUAUAUAAGACAACCUCUUCAAUUUUAUGUGGAGAAAUCGCGCGACUGACCUCGCUUGACUAAACAAAACAUCAGAUUAUUCAACUCAUAUCUUAUACUUAGUAUUUAUAAGCUAGCUCUUUAUUGGUGCGAUUUAAGUUUAUGCAUGUAGAUUUUUUGUUAUUUAUUAUUUGGCAUAGUUAUUAUUAUUUUAUAGUAUUUUUCCUUUUUCGAUGUUUAUUUCUUGAGAUAUCUGGCGUUAUUCGGUAACGUCUCGAUAUAGGGCCCGAAGUUGUAUUAGUAUAUUUUUUUCUUAUGUUGAAAUCAUGAAAAUCUAUAGCGAAAGUUAGUUUGGGUAAAUCACCGUUUUUGUAAUUAUAUUAAUCAUACCUUUUAUUGGGUAUACGAACAAAUAUUCUUUUCAGCUAUUAUUAUUAGUACAACUUUAACUAGUUUAUUAUAGUUCCAAUUUAUUUGUAUUUAGAUAAUAUUUAUAUCCAUCCAAAAGGCUUAUUUUUUAAUUAUUAUUUUCGUUGAAACAAUUUUGUUUCAAAAUCUAAACAUUUAUUUGUUUAAAAAUGUUUUUUUCUACAUAAUAUUUGGUGGAAGGACUAUUUUGUAGAAUCAAAAUUAUAUCAUGGUUUAGAAACAUUGUAUGAUCGAUAAUAACUAUAAGUGAUCGUAGUUAGAUCAAAUCUGUGACAGUAUCAUUAAAACACUGUAUUAAAUGCCUCGACUGUUAAGUAAGGUACAUAUAUGACGGAACAUGCAUCGCGUAUUGUCGGUCUAACGUAAACAUACGAUAAAACAUUCAAUCAUUCACACCAUCGAUGAUGCGUUACUGCGUCGAUCAUACAUUUACUAUACACUCGACGCAUUUUCCGUCAGUUAUGAACUUUCCCUUAAUUCAAUGUUUUGAGAACUAAUAGGUUUCUUAUUCACGGUGGCCUACACAUGGAGCUUAUACACAAGCUUAUAGCUGAGAUGGUCUAAUAUUUUUUUAACUUCGAUGUAGAAUUUUGAUACACUUUUACAAUAUGAGAGUAAAUCACUAAUGUUUUUUUUUUACCAUCUUUUAAAUGGGAAAUUUGAAUGUUCUGUGCUUUUAACUCUCUCUGUGCUAUUGUCUUCUCAUUGACUAUUAUUACCGCUAAAUAAACUUUUGUGCAAAAAAUCGUACACCAUAGAGUGAAAACUACGAGGUGCCUGUAUUUUUCCUAAUAGUCACAGGUAUUAAAGAAAUCAUUUUGUUAAUGUCCACAAUCAGACAAAUGACACAGAAAUUCUGACUCGUUUUUAGAGUUUAACAGAGACAAAAUGUUUUAAAUAAUUUAGUGGUAAAUAUAUUCAGUGGGCGGUGAUGUGCUUUACUUGUAUCUAGCAAACCGGCAAUACGAUGUAAUCACAAUUUAGAUAUAUUCUCUUGUAAACAAUUGUAAAGCUACCUACCAACGUUCGUAAAAAUGUCACUCACACACGCAUGUGCAUCGACGAGCUUUCACCGGCGCUAGCGGUCCUGUCAGUACUGAGUGUCGUGCAUGGAGCACAUGCGUGUGUGAUUGACAUUGUUACGAACUUUAGCACAUAGCUGCACAACUGUUUACAAGAGACUAUAUCUAAACUGUGAUAUUAUUUGAAAUCGUGGAUUCUAGAUCAAUGGCGUAUAUCGUAUACUUCGUUUUCGAAUGUAGGAUGUCCUCGUUACAUCAUAUUGUAUAUUUCGCUGUGUUCACAAUAUUUUAAGCUUUAAUUUUUAAUUGUGUUAUGGCUCACGCACUCGCAAUGUACCUAGAAAUGUUUAAAUUACUCAAAUUCGGAAUUUGCUGUGGUCUUUUGUAAGAAUAAUAUAUUUUUCUUUUAAAUUAUAUGGCUUCAAGUAUGCAAUAUUUUAGUCUGAUGCAAGUACCCAUUUCUGUUUUUUGACACUGCGUUUGAAAUCGUUUUAGUGUUUUCAGAUAGACAGUGAUCCUUUUUUGACCUGCUAAUGACCACAGCAUUCCGAAAACUUAUUUAAUGUAAGAUAUGAAUUCUGUAUUCUCUGUAAAAAAGCAAAAAAAUGCACGUCUUUUGUUGCAAUCCUAAAUUUUUGAAAUCCAAGCAAAAAAUUACCAUCGCAGUUAUUGUAUGGCAAUUUAAAAAAGAAAAAUAUAUUUUAAUAGCAAUAGCAGAUGCCUUGAAAUACAUAGUUGUAGUUUAACACCAAUUUAGAACAUAUUCCUCUAAUAUUGUUAUUUACAUAGAUAUUUGAAGUUGAGAUUAUAUCCAAUGCAAGGAAUAAACACAAAGCAAUGUACCUCCUUUUGUAUGCGUAGUUGAUUUGACAAACUAAUAAAAAAGUAAUAUAUAA